GCAUUAUAGUUUCCGCCGUGUCACGUGACAGACGAGCCAGAAGAAGAUGGUCGUGGCCUGCUGGAAGUUAAACGAGCUCGGAAGAUAAAGGUGUGCGUCCACACCAUGGUGGAUAACCGGUAUGCCACCGCCCUGGUGAUCGGCUCGGUGCUGAGCCUGCUGGCCUCCGUCUACCUGUCGGCGGCCGUGGGGACUCAGCACUGGUUCCAGUACAGCAGCCCGCCACUCAGACAGGGGACCAACGUCUCGGAGCUGAAGGAGGAGUUCGUCAAGGGGGACUUCAACGAGAGCGCCUACAGCGACGCCAUGUUCCGCCUGAACGGCGCCCUGGGACUCUGGCUGAGGUGCAUCCAGGUGCCCAGUAAGUCGCACUGGUACAAAGAACCAGAUCCCAAGAUGGAAACCAUGUGUGUGAGCUUCACCCUCCCUCAGCAAUUCAUCCCCAAGUACAAAAAUCAUGGAAACAGCAGUGAAGAAGAUUUGGUGAGAACAUAUCUGUGGAGGUGCCAGUUUCUCCUGCCUUUGGUGUCACUGGCGCUGGUGUUCCUGAGCGUUCUGGUGGGAGUCUGCGCCUGCCUGUGCCGCAGCUUCACCCCCACCCUCGGUGUGGGAGUGCUCCAUUUUCUUGCGGGUCUGUGUUCUCUGGGCACCGUCUGCUGUUUCCGGGCCGGACUGGAUUUGCUCCACCACCAAUACUCUCCCCCAGCAGGAGUGGACGGCUCCAUGGGCUGGUCUCUGUACCUCGCACUCAUCUCCUUCCCUCUGCAGAUGAUGGCAGCUGCUCUGUUCCUCUGGGCGGCCAAAAGCCAUCGCAAGAACUACACCCGCAUGAGUGCUUACAGGGUGGCAUGAAGGGAGAGGGAACGUGCUUUAACACAACAGGUCUUAAACCUUAUAAAAGUAAUUUCUGGUUUAGAGAGACUUGUUUUAAAACAAUAUUUUUGAAUGAAAUGUUUAACAAUCUUCUGAAUAGAUAAAAGCAAUCACAGGGUAUGCUGACAAAAGUACAAACUUAAGACUUUAUAAAGCCUGUUAUCAAAAAUACUCAUAAGUUGAGGUUUAAUUUUUUAUUUUUUUUAUAUUAUUUCAACCUUUAUUUAGUUCUUUUCAUAUGUGACCCAAAGCAUGUUUUUAACAUCCAGAUAUUUGUGAAUUCUGGUGCGAUCUGAGUUUCUGAGCUGUAUUUUUCUCUUAUUUUUGCCUUCUUUUUUUGUUGCCAAUGCUUUUGAAGCUGCUCACCACAUUGUCCUUAACUCAUCUGAAGAUUAUUAACUUGCACUGUGUCAUGAAUCUCAGAUCUGGAGUUAUUCCAAGUCAAGGUAGCUAUCUCUGCUGGAGAAAACCGUCUGAACACGCCUUUUAUUGAAGUGUUUUGUUGUGUCUCUUUUUUUUUUUGCAUAAUUUUCCGUGGCAAGCCUUUUGCUCUGCAUGCCUUUCAAGCUGACCUUUUCAUCAUCUGUGGUAAUUGUUUAUUUCAGUCUGUGGUAAAUGCUGACUAAAUGUCAGGAAAUGUCACUCACUAAAAAUGGAACCACUCACUUCCAUUGUCACUGGUGUUCAUACAUCUAAUAUGUUUAGCAUAAAUUGAACUUUUUAAGCCACAUUUAUUUGGUGCCACUUCAAGAAACCUGUGAUCUCCAGCCCGAGCUGUAUUAUUUACCUUUGACACUUGCAAUGGUUGGGUUUACUGUUUGGGUGUUCUUAAACGACUUAAAUCGUGUAUUCAGUUAUCUCUGUAAUCCUCUUAAAUGCUUUAAAAUAGGAUGAUGGGUUUAGUAAAUUUAGGAUUAUUUUAAGUGAAUAUUUUUUACCAUUAAAAAAGGUUUUUUUUUUUUAUUAACUUGAAUUUGUAAGAAAAAAAAGUGAGGGCUUGUCUUUUUAUGUGGGAAAAGUGAGUGAAUUCUCAACUUUAUUUUAAAUUCAAUAAUUGCUUACCACAAGUAAAAAUGGUGAUGUUUUGAUGUCACAAUGUUUGUUACACAUCUUGUAUGGAUACACUAUUGCCUUUGUAAAUGUUUAUAUGUAAACUGAAGUACAAUGUUGGGUUAUUUCAGGAUCAAUAAAUUUAACAUUUGCUGAAA